AUCCACUCGAACGAAAAAAACAUCAGUAAACAACAGUUAAUCGUGUUAGUUCUUGUUAGUUGUAAAAUUAUUUAAAGAGUGCAACAAGUGUUCCAAAGGAAAUCUCUGCCGAAUUGCGCGAGUUUGUAAAAGCAGUAGUGAGAGUGAGAGUGAGAUAGUGCUAGUGCUAGUGAGAGUGAGUGCAGGUUUGAGGAUCUGAAGCUAUGUCCGCUUCCACUCGUAAUAAACACUCAAAGAUCCAUGGUAAUGAAAAAUUGGAUAUUAGUACUGAUGAAUUUGACCGAAUACGCGAAGCUUUGAAGAACGAGGAGUUUCGCAAAUUGUUUUUCGAUUACGUUGACGAAGUCCAGGAUCCAGAGAAUCGUAAGAUCUACGAGCAAGAGAUAACACAGCUGGAAAAGGAGCGCGGCGUUGACGUCACCUUUAUACAUCCGCAGCCGGGCUUCGUGAUUAAAUCAUCGAUUGAUGGCGAACUAAAAUGCUUCAUUAAUAUUGCAAGCUCUACAGUUGUGGAACGGCCUAACAAUGAGGUUUCAGUUAAUUCUGAAACUGGCCGAAAGGGUCUUAGCUGGUCCAUUCCAAUGGCCCAGACACCGCCACGCGACGAUCUCGAUGCCAGUAACAAGCAUUGCAAAGUCUUCGAUGUUGUCUUCCAUCCGGAUGCACUGCAUCUUGCUAAGCGCAACGCGCAGUUCCGUCAAUGCGUCAUAGAUACCGCGCUCGAUGGCGUGGAGCGUGAAUAUCAUGUAAAUUUGGAUCGUGCCAAUCUCAAAUUUCCAAAGCUUGACUACAAGGGCAUGGCCCAUCCCACGGUGCUGCGUAAAUUAUCGAAAAAUCCAACAGACGAGGAGAAGGAACCGCAUCCCCUAGAGCACAUGUACCCAAAGAAACCUGAGGCUGAUGCUGGCCAGGCCAAGAUCUUGCCAGUUAAGGAAAAAGUGACGCCCGUGCCAUCAUUUGCGGUGCCGAAAUACAGCAUCAAGCAUAGCCAUGACGUUGAUUUGGCUGAAUAUACAGACGAACUGGAUGCCAAGCUGCAGGUGACAAUACCACGUGCUCUGGUUGUUGAAAUUGAACUGCCGUUGCUCAACUCAACGGCGGAUUGUCAUUUGGAUGUGACACAGAAGUCGAUUUAUCUGCUCAGCGAGCGACAUGGCGCCAAAUACAAAUUGAAACUGGAUUUGCCCUACACUGUAAACGAUAAGGCUGGCAAUGCACGUUUUGAUACGGAGUACAGACGUUUGUGCAUAACUUUGCCCGUGGUGCGUUCCACGCCAAGUCAAGAGCGCAACCUGCAUGAUACUGUGCGGAUUCUCAGCCGCGAGGAUAGCGGCGUGGAACUCAAUUCGAAUGGCGAAUCGCCAGUCGAGGAUGAGGAAGCUAUUGUCGAGCUGAGUGAGCAGAGCCAAGAAAAUGAUUCCGAUGCAUUCCCACCUAUUGCCGCUGUUUCGCCCCGCUCAUUCCUAAAGAGUAAUCUGCAUUAUCAGCUGCCCGCCCAGUUUAAUUGCAACAUUUUGGACAAUGUAAUUGUCUUUGUGCUGCACGUCUCGAAUGUGCAACCGGACUCUGUGCAGACAUUGCAGCAAGCACGCAGUCUGCACUUGCAAUUCGCCUCCAUGGGCACUGGCUAUUAUCCCACCCACUAUGCGUUCCUAAUGCAGCUGCCCGUUGAGGUGCAGCCCCAGCUGCAUAUCGAUCAUAUCGAAGUUGAUACUGGUGAUGAAAAUGUGGUUUUGAGGCUGACUAUGAAUGAGCCCUGCAUGUCGCUGCCUAACUAUCUGGCUGGACCUGAUAGCAAUGAUCUCAAGGAAUUUUCAGUGCUUGGUCAUCAUAGCAGCAAUGAGGUAGGAACUGAGUUUGAGAACUGUGACUUGGUUUCGGAGAAGUCACUGCAGAUUAGCAUGGAUCAUAAUAAUGUGGAACACGCACUGGAAGUGACAAUCGAACCUCAAGAAAAUAAAGGUCCCUUAGACACAGUGGACAGUGUAGAACUGCUGCAUGAGCACCAGCAAAAUUUGCAACAGCAGCAGCAUCAGAAAAAGCUGAAUAAGAAGCAGCGCAAGCGCAACAAAAAGCAACGAUCACUUUCCGAGUCCGCCUGUGAGGAUCUAAAGUUAGCUCAAGAACAUCAUGAGCAAGUGCAGCAGCAGCAGCAGCAGAAAAAGAAGCAGCAACUGCAACUGCACCAGCAAAAGGCGAAAGAUAAUCACGUUCAAGAGCAGCCUGAAGAUGCUUCUCCAGAGCGCCUUAAAAAUGUCUCUCAGCCGAUGGAUACGCUGAAGCUGCCACGUCGCAAGCAGCGCAGCUUCUCAGAAUGCAAUGAUAGCAGCCUCAGUAGCAGCUGCGUGCAACGUAGCAUCUUGAAGCGUUUCAGUCGCUACGGACCCCAUCCCUCCAUCUCCGAUAGCUGCUCAUCCAUUGAUGAUUGCUCUUCAACGUAUUCAUGCUCAGUGGAUGCAGCCGGCACUGGGUUCUCACAAUCGUUCGGUAGCAUACCAGAGGAACGAGGUGGAGAUGAGGAUAAUCUCUCAGAGAGCUGCAAGAAGACUGUUAGAUUUAAUGAUCACAUCAUGAAGCAAGUGUUCAGGCUCGACUCGAGCAUACUGGGCCAACGAAAGAAGAAUCAAAAGCGACGCGAUUGCAAAUUGCGCGCUCAACAGCGUCGCCUCAGCGAAGGCGACUCGGUCGAUUACGUGGAGGUGGAAUCCACACACGGGAAUGGAGAGCAGCCCGCCCGCAAGACCGCUACCAAUGCACAGUAUUUCAAAAAUCAUCCUCAUGACAAGGAGAACAAGAAAAUAUCGCUGCAUGAUAGCGGCCUCGACUUAACCAAUGGUUCCAUCAACAAAAACAAUCACAGCAACGAAAAUGAAACUAAACGCAAUGAAGCAGACACCAAGAAUGCCAUGAUGUUUGAAAUGGAUGAUGAUGAGGACGAGAAUGAGGCUGAGAAUAAUUAAAACAGAGCUCGAGCCACUCUUGAUCAGCGAACUGUGCAUGUGUUAUUUUUCGAGGCAGGUUUUCAAAGGAAUUUUUGAAACUACAUUUAUUAAACUAAUUAUAUACAAACAACACUAUAUGUACUAUUAUUAUUAACACUUUUUUUUUGAAACGAAGUUUUUGAAUGAAAACGUGCUAAACGUUGUUUAUCUAACAGGCGCUCAAUUUAAUAACCAUAUACAAUUGA